AUGUUAUUGGGAUUUGCUGAAGAUUAUCAGUGGAUUUUUGUCAAUGCAAAACAUGAAUUAGUAUUGACACGUGCAAAUACGGAUCUAAAUGCCAUUAUACAAGCGCCAGCUGAUACAAAUGUAAAAAUUGCCCUUAUAAAAAUUGAAUGGAUAAUUCCUUCCAUCACGGUCUCAGAUAUGAAAGAAGUAAAUCUAUUGAAUUACAUUGCAAAAGAUCCGGUAAUAACACUGAGUUUUAGAUCUUGGGAAUUGUAUGAAUAUCCAUUCCUUCUAAGAACAAUGAAACAUGUGUGGGUUGUAAAGACAUCAACACAACUCAAAAAACGUAGAUAUGUAAUACUUGCAUUCCAAACUGCACGUAAAAAUGAUGCUACAAAAGAUACAAGUAAAUUUGUUCACUGCAAUUUGAGAGAUGUUAAAUUGUUUCUCAAUUCACAGUCAUACCCAUACGGCAACAUAAAUCUCGACAUAACUCACAAUCAGUAUGCACUGUUAUACGACAUGUAUAAAGAUUUUCAAGUAUCAUACUAUGGCAAAGAAGCUAAGCCAUUACUCUCAAAGAAGCAAUUUUUGGAUACAUCACUUUUAAUAGUAAUUGAUUGCUCGGAGCAAAACGGAUCUUUCAAAUCUGGACCUGUUGAUGUUCGACUAGAAUUUAAAUCAACAAAACAAUUUCUUGCUAAUACAUCAGCUUAUUGUCUAAUUAUUCAUGAUCGUAUCAUAGAAUAUAAGUCAUUAAGUGGACAAGUACGGAAAUUGAUGUAA